UGCCCGCGCAUCCUGGGAGUACCAUUAGUUACAUAUGCUUUUCUUUCUUUUUUCUUUUUUAAAGGAAGUUGGACCCCGAAUGUCUUAUUUUUCUUUUGUGGGAGCUCCGUUUGCCGGCAGAAAGACCCUCAGGGAUGAACAUGAAAGGUGCAGCCAAGCCCUGGAGUCCGGUCACCAAAGCGGGGAGCCAUGGGCUGGACCGCGCGCGGGCCCUCCCCACCGCCUCUUCUGGCAUGAAGAGUUCCAAGUCUUCCACCUCGCUGGCUUUCGAGUCCCGACUCAGCAAGCUCAAGAGGGCCAGCAGUGAGGACAUGCUCAACAAGCCAGGGGCUGCUGCCGCCCCUGGGGCGGUUCGGCUGAAAAAGACGACCACGUCCGGAGCCAUCUCCGAGCUCACGGAGAGCCGCCUGAGGAGCACAGGGGCUGCGGCAGCAAGCAAGCGGACAGGCAUCCCCACCCCUCGAGAACUUUCCGUAAGUGUGCCGAGAGAGAGGACGGCGCCGCGCGGCGCCGCCAACCCGAGGAAGUCGGCGUCCAGCCCGACGUCCUCCAGCGCGCCCACCCCAACCAAGCACGCGCGGGCCGCCCCCGCGCGGCCCCGGCAGGAGCAGGAGGGCGCGGAGAAGGCCGUGCUCGAGUCCCAGGUGCGCGAGCUCCUGGCAGAGGCCAAGGAGAAGGACAGCGAGAUCAACAGGCUUCGGAGCGAGCUGAAGAGCUGGGGGGAGCGGCGGGCGCAGAGCGCGGGCGCGCCGGCGGGGGCGGCGGCAGGCGCGGAAGCCCUGGUCCGGGCGCUGGAGAAGAACAGGAGCUCCGAGGAGGCGCUGGCCGAGCUGCAGGAGGAGAACCGGGCCUUGAAGGAGAAGCUGGCGUACUUGGAGCACUCCCCUCACUCGGAGGGGGCCGCGAGUCACGCCGGGGACAGCAGCUGCCCGACGUCCAUCACCCAGGAGUCGAGCUGCGGGAGCCCAGCGGGCAUCGAGUCAACCGGUGACAGUGACGCGGAGCAAAGGAACACGCAGGGAGGCGCGCUGCGGACCUCGGGCUCCUCCAGCAGCGAUGUUACCAAGGCCUCCUUGUCCCCGGAUGCCUCGGACUUCGAGCACAUCCCCGCCGACGCCCCCAGCGGGCCCCUGUCCCCCGCCGGGAGCCUGUUCAAGAGCCCCGCGUGCUCCGCGGCCGGCGGGUCCCCGAACACCGCGAGCGAGCUGUCCCUGGCGUCCCUGACGGAGAAGAUCCACAGGAUGGAAGAGAACCAGCACAGCACCGCGGAGGAGCUGCAGGCCACGCUGCAGGAGCUGUCGGACCAGCAGCAGAUGCUGCAGGAGCUGACGGCCGAGAACGAGAAGCUGGUGGACGAGAAGGCGCUGCUGGAGACGUCCUUCCAGCAGCACCGAGAGCGGGCGGAGCAGCUCAGCCAGGAGAACGAGAAGCUGAUCGCCCUCCUGCAGGAGCGGGCGAGGGGCGAGGAGCCCGGCGCGCAGGAGGGGAAGAUCCUGGAGCUGGAGCAGAAGUGCACGGAGAUCCUGGAGCAGGGCCGCUUCGAGCGCGAGAAGCUGCUCAGCAUCCAGCAGCAGCUGACGUGCAGCCUGCGCAAGGCGGAGGAGGAGCACCGGGCGGCCCUGGAGAUGGUGAAGCGCCUGAAAGAGGAGAACGGGCGCCUGAGCGCCUUCCUGGAGCUGCAGCGGCGGGACGGCGGCGCCAUGGCCACGACCCUGGAGGAGUGCCGCGCCGCCCUGGAAGGGCUCAAGGUGGAGAAUGGGUCCUUGAAGGCGCACCUGGAGAAGGAGAAGCAGAGCGCGGUGGAGACCGGUCCCCCGGGGCAGACAGCUGAGGGCUGCGAGGUUCAGGAGAUGCUGAGAGUAGCUCGGGCGGAGAAGGAGCAGUUGGAGCAGUCCUGCUCCGAGCUCAAACAGGAGCUGCUGAAGGCUCGCGGUGAGGUCAAGCAUGUUUCAAGCCUGCUGGCCAAGGUGGAAAAGGACUACUCUUACCUGAAGGAGAUAUGCGACCAUCAGGCAGAGCAGCUGAGCAGGACCAGCCUCGAGCUGCAAGAGAAAGCGUCGGAGAGCGACGCGGAGAUUAAAGGCAUGAAGGAGACCAUAUUCGAGCUGGAAGACCAGGUGGAGCAGCACCGAGCUGUCAAGCUGCACAACAACCAGCUCAUCAGUGAGCUGGAAGGCAAUGUAAUGAAGCUGGAGGAACAGAAGUCAGACCUGGAGAGGCAGCUGAAGGCUCUGACGAAGCAGAUAAAGGAGGAGACGGAGGAGUGGAGGAGGUUCCAGGCGGACCUGCAGACGGCAGUGGUGGUGGCCAACGACAUCAAGUGUGAGGCGCAGCAGGAGCUGCGGGCAGUGAAGCGGAGGCUGCUGGAGGAGGAGGAGAAGAACGCCCAGCUGCAGAAGGAGCUGGGGGACAGACGGGGCCCCGGCAGACCUGUGAAGGACGAGUCGGAGACCGCCGAGGUGGAUGCCCCCGGCCGGUGGCAUGGCGUCUACGUGAACAGAACCCCUCCGACGUCUUCGGAGUCCGCAACCACUGUUAAGUCCCUCAUCAAGUCAUUCGACUUGGGACGCCCAGGUGGAGCUGGACAGAAUAUUUCUGUCCACAAGACCCCCAGGAGCCCCCUGAGUGGCAUCCCGGUGCGGACUGCCCCCGCCGCUGCCGUAUCCCCCAUGCAGAGGCAUUCCACCUUCAGCAGUGCUCGGCCGGCUAGCAGAGGAGUGACUCAACGCUUGGACCUGCCAGACCUCCCCCUCUCAGAUCUUCUGAAGGGAAGGGCCGAGGACCUGAAACCGGACCCUUAUCUCCGCAAGAGCCCCUCGCUCGAGUCCCUGAGCAGACCCCCUUCUCUGGGCUUCGGGGGCACGAGACUGCUGAGCGCCUCCCCCGGGGGCUGGAAGUCGCCCGGCAAACUCAGUGUGGAGAGAAGGGACCCGCUGGCUGCCUUGGCCCGGGAGUACGGCGGCUCCAAGCGCAAUGCCCUGCUGAAGUGGUGCCAGAGGAGGACAGAGGGCUACGCGAACAUCGACAUCACCAAUUUCAGCAGCAGCUGGAGUGAUGGCUUGGCGCUCUGCGCUCUCCUGCACACCUACCUGCCCGCCCACAUCCCGUACCAGGAGCUGAACAGCCAGGAGAAAAAAAAGAAUCUCUUGUUGGCAUUUGAAGCAGCUGAAAGCGUGGGCAUAAAACCAAGCCUGGAAGCUCCCAGGCCAGUAGCAAAAUGGCUGCUGGAGAUACGCCCACAAUCCAAAAUUACAAAACGCUCGAGAAAAUGAUCUACCUGAGCUGUUCAGCAAACACAACAGACAACAUGAUCAUCUACCAGAACCUGAGAUAGUAAAACAGUAAGAAAGAGACUACAAAAGACUAUGUUUAAAUUUAUUAAAGAGACAGAAGAAAGAAUGAAAACCAUAAGGAAGGAACAUACUCCUAUAAAGAAAGAUUUAGAAAAGAAUUAAGUAAAACGUGUAGAAGUAAAAAUCUGUAAUUAAAAACACCAGCUGAGUUGAAAACUGGGCACCGCAGAAGAGAGGAUUACUGAACUGGAAAAUAGAUCUAAGGAACUUACUCAGAACAUAAAACAGAGACAUUUAAAAACGGAAAAGAUAAUAGAGGGGUUUUAUUAGUUAAUAGGUUUUCAACUUCAAGAAAUGGAAAACGCAACUAACAGUUGCUUCUACCAUAAAGAUAUUAUUUUUUUCUUAAAGAUUAUUUUUUUCUUCUCUGGAGAAGUCCAGAAGGAGUUUCAGGAAUGGUUCUCUGCUCAGUUUUGUAAUCAAGGAACCCAAAGUGUCUCUUCUCUAUAUUCCACCAUCUUUAAUCUGUUGGUUCUUUGUCCCCAAACUUGGUCCUCUGUGGCUGAACACGGCUGCCAGGCUCCAGACAUCACUCCCAUCCGCAGGGCAGGAAGGAGAGGGAAGGGGGAGAGUGAGUCCCUCACAUCAUCCCCCUUCGAUAAGGAAACCAAAAGUCUUCCCAGAGUCCAUCCGCUUAUUGGCUGUACUCUUACGUGGCCACCCCCAGCGGCGGUGGAAUGUGAGGUGACAUAAAACUUUCUCCAUCCUCUUCGUUGGGAGACCUGCAAGGGAGAGAGAGGCAGGGAAUAACCGUUGGGUCACCCAGCUGCUAGUGUCUGUCCCAGAGCUUGCGAGGCAUGGAAGAUAAAGGCAAGUAACGUCUAAGCCCCAUGCACGGUGGGAAUUCCAGGAGAAAAGGGAAGUAUGGACAGAGACAGUGUUUGAAGAAAUGGUGCCUGAAAUUUUCUGAGGCUGAUGAAAGACUGCAGAUUCUUAAUGAAUCUCAAAUAGGAGGAAUAACACAAAAUGUCUGUCCAGACACCUCAUCAUGAAACUGCAGAAAGAGCAGAGACAGAUCACUUGCAAUAAUUUCUGCUAACCAGUAACAACAACAGCAACAACAACCCUGGUAGAAAACUAUCAAAGUCUAGAAUAGGCAGCUCACAAAUGUCCAAUAAACGUUUAAAAAGAUGUCCAAUCUCAUUAAUGAUUAGGAAAACCUCAGUUGACGUAAGUGAGCCACCCUUCCGUGACCCGCAGAGGACAGAAUGAAAA